CCUAUCAGGCGCUGCCUCUCAGGGUGGCCGCCAUUAGCAACUGACACCAUGCCUGCCCUCAGACCCCUGGUGAAACCUAAGAUCAUCAAGAAGAGAACCAAGAAGUUAAUCCGCCAUCAAUCAGGUCGCUAUGUCAAGAUCAAGCGCAACUGGCGUAAACCAAGAGGUAUCGAUAACAGAGCUCGCAGGAGGUUCAAGGGCCAAAUUUUGAUGCCCAACAUUGGCUAUGAUAGCAAUAGAAAGACGAAACACAUGCUGCCCACCAGAUUCAAAAAGUUUUUGGUCCACAAUGUCAAAGAACUUGAGGUGCUGAUGAUGAGUAACAAGUCUUAUUGUGCAGAGAUUGCGCACAAUGUUCUCUCCAAGAACUGCAAGGUAAUUCUAGAGCGAGCAGCUCAGCUUGCUAUCAAGAUCACCAAUCCAAAUACCUGACUGUGCAGUGAGGAAAAUGAAUAAAUGGGCUCCUCUUUUGUGUAACUGUAUUUAAUAAAAUACAAAAAU